UUUAUUUUUUUUUCAAAUUUCACAAAAUAUCGACAAAUGUCCACUUAGGAAGUAAUUGAGAAUUGUCUUCCAAGGCAAUAAGGUUUUACAUAUAUUUGUUGCGGCACUGCAAAACGCCUCAUUUGAGAAGAGAGAAAAAUAUGGCAAGAGAUAGUUGUCUAGCGAGAGUAACUGCUGGUGUUGCUAUAGGCGGUGCAGUUGGUGGCGCUGUUGGUGCUGUAUAUGGAACUUAUGAGGCUGUUAGGUUCAAGGUGCCUGGACUUCUGAAAAUCAGAUACAUUGGACAAACUACUUUGGGAAGUGCAGCCAUUUUUGGACUCUUCUUGGGUGCUGGGAGCUUGAUACACUGUGGAAAGUCUUACUGAGCAUAUAUUUGCUAGCUGUGUGGAAUUGAAUUGUUGUAAUCAGAAUAAUGUGCUUCUGCAAUUUCAAUAUAUUUGAGUUUAGUGA